CGAGCCACACUCAAGCAUGUUUUGAAUUACACCCGGGAUUCGAAACUGUAAACACGUGUAUUUGAUCUUCACAAUAAAUAUUCCAAAGUUCAGGUAAAUCUGGGUUCACAAUGAAAGUUAAAGCGGACAAAAAGGCGAAGCAGGCCAACCCGAAGCUACACAAGAUUAAGCAAUCGAAAAAUGACAUCGCAAAGUCAAAGGAAAAGAAAUCGGGUCCGACGGCAUCCGCCGCAGCUACUGCGCACUCAUUUGCCGUGAAAAAGGUGCUUGCGGUAAAGAAAAAGAAUAACAAACAAGGUAUUGAGGAUGUGGUCCAGACAAACAUUCAGAAGGUUCCCAAAAAGAACAAGUUCCAGAAGCAGAAGGAAGUGAAGGUUCUGGAGCAGCCUGCAGAAAAUAAAAAAAUUGUCGAGAAAUCAAAAAAGACGGUAUCGGAGCACCAACUACCGGUACAUGACGGAAAGAAAUCCGAAAAAUCGAAAAAGAAAAACAAGGAGACCAAACCAAAUGAUGUGAAGCACACAGAAGAAGAGGAAAAUGACUUGCCGAAAGUUUUAGCUAGCAGGAAAAUUAUCAUAUCUGCUUUGAAAGCUUGCAAGAAAACCAUUGACAGUGGAUACGAGAAGAAGAAUUUAUUUGGAGAUGAUUUAAAGUAUGCAUUGCAGAUUUCCUCAGUUAAGAUUCCGGAUGUUCCAAGCAGAAAUUGUAGGAUUCAGCUACCGAACGCAAUUUACAAGAAAGGCGAUGACAUUUGUCUGAUAGUGAAAGAUUUGGCCCGUGGAAGGAAACAAGACCACGAGGAAACGCUGCUCCACUGGCAGGAUAAACUGCGUCAGCUUGGGGUGGAUUUUAUCUCGCAAAUUAUUCCGCUACAGCAACUGAAGCAAGAGUAUCGACAGUAUGAGAUGAAGAACAAAUUGGCAAACCGCUUUGAUCGGUUUUUGGUGGAUGCUCGCAUCAAUGGACACGUUUUUAACUUUCUGGGCAAUGCAUUCAUCAAACGAUGCAAAAAUCCAACAUCGGUCAUAUUGGAUAAGGAUGAGAAGAUUACGAAAAAUCUGAAUAAAGUUUUGGGUAGAAUCACAUACAAGCAGACCAAUACCGGCAGAAUAACGGAAAUUCAGUUCGCCACGCACAAAAUGCCAAUGGAAGCGGCUGUUGAAAAUGCGGAGGCGUUGAUGAUGUCACUGAAGAGUCAAUUUCCCGGUGGAUGGCUCAACAUCCGGACAAUCAAUUUGAAGCCAAUGACUGAUAUCCCGGUGACAUUCCCCUUGUAUGUGAGCAAAGUUGAUCCCAACUUGGUGCCGGUACCGAAGAUUUCAGGUCCCCGCGAACGAUUUGAGAAGGCGAACAGUGAGAAGUUGCUGCAGAUCACCAAGAACAAGUAUCAGUUCCAGGCGGGUAAUCUCGUACGAGUGCCGUUCGAGCAGCGGAAAAUAUUGAACAUCAAUCGGCAGGAUGUGCCGAAGGAUGAUGAGGCGGAGAAGAAUGGGGAAAUUGUAGGGGAACACUCGCGGGAAGAUGAAAGCGAUGAUGAUGAGGAAAUGGAGCUUCCUCGGGAGCGUGCAAGCGAUACCGAGCAGAGCGAUCUGGACGAUGAUGACGAUUAAAUAAUAGUUGUUAUCGUUUAGGAGCUAAUUAGUUUUUUUAGAGUAAGGUGCUUGUAAUUUGUACAAUGAAUAAAAUCGUUCAAUUAUUUCAA